GGCCAAUGAGAGGGCGAGAUGCAGAACACUGCUUCCUCUUUCACAUCAUGGCCACUGAGAAUGCUGAAGUGACCUUGCUCGAAGAAAAGGCCGGUAUGGAGGAUUACGGCCUCUUGAGCUUGCUCCUCACCCGUGCAUCAUGCGAGGGAAGCCAAUAUGUCCGACGGGCCGACACCGACAGGUUGCAAGAUGUGUUUAACAAGUACGCCAGCAUCGAGAAGAAUGAAAACAAGUUUAUGACCUCGACCGAUUUUGUGCGAGGGUUCUUGGGUCUCUAUGAAGGUCCGCAGUACAAUCAGGAGGCAGUCAAUAUCCUGGGGAGUAUACUCGAUACCUCCAAAGAUGGACUCAUCUCCUUCACGGAAUUUCAAGCUUUUGAAGGUGUUCUCUGCCAGCCUGAUGCACUUUACAAGACAGCUUUCCAGAUGUUUGACACCAAUGGUUCUGGCUCCAUUACUCACGAUGAGUUUGAAGACAUCAUCAAGAAAACGACGCUAUACACCAAGAUCCCCUUUGACUUCAAGAGUGAGUUUAUGGCGCUGCACUUUGGCGGCGACCGCAAGAGGACUGUCAGCUAUGCUGAGUUCUCCCAGCUUCUUCAUGAUUUUCACGAAGAGCAUGCCAUCCAGGCGUUCAAGCAGUACGACAAGAACCGCAGUGGAGUCAUUGCUGCAAUGGACUUCAAUGAUAUCAUGGUUUCUGUCAAGAGUCACCUCCUUAGCGAAGAUGUGAAAAAGAAUAUUGUGGCUGUGGCUGGCUCUGGGGCGGGGGGCCACCAGGUGUCCUUCCCUUACUUUAUGGCCUUCAACUCCCUGCUCAACAACAUGGAGCUCGUCAAGAAGAUCUACCUUCAUUUCACCAAGGGAAACACCGCUCUGGAGGUCACCAAAGAGGAGUUUUUGUACGCAGCACAACAAAUGUCUCAGGUCACACCACUAGAAAUCGACAUCCUCUUCCAACUGGGUGGAUUUCUCCACCAGUCCACAGGACGCGUAACUUACGAAGACUUGGAAAGGAUAGCUCCGUACCGACCUACUCGAUUCCUCUCUAGGCCCAUCGCAGAAGUAAAAGCGGUCAAGAGCCCCGACGAAAGGGGGGUCGGAGUCCAGUUUCUCGAGAGUGCCUAUCGCUUCACGCUUGGUUCCAUUGCCGGUGCGGCGGGAGCCACGGUGGUGUACCCGAUCGACCUGGUGAAGACGCGGAUGCAGAACCAGCGGACGGGCUCGUACAUUGGGGAGCUCAUGUACCGCAACAGCUGGGACUGCGCCAGCAAGGUGAUCCGGCACGAGGGCGUGUUCGGACUCUACCGGGGCCUGCUCCCACAGCUGGUGGGCGUCUGCCCGGAGAAGGCCAUCAAGCUCACCGUUAAUGACCUGGUUCGUGACAAGCUCACCAACCCAAAAGGAGAGAUCCCGGCGUGGGCAGAAAUUGCUGCUGGAGGCUGUGCAGGAGCCUCUCAAGUAAUGUUCACCAAUCCGCUGGAGAUUGUCAAGAUUCGUCUGCAAGUGGCCGGGGAGAUUGCUUCCAUGGCCAAAGUGAGGGCCUGGACAGUCAUCAAGGACCUCGGCAUCAGGGGACUGUACAAGGGAUCUAGGGCGUGUUUUCUGAGAGAUAUCCCGUUUUCAGCGAUAUACUUUCCCACCUACGCUCACUGCAAGCUAAAAUUCGCCGAUGACAACGGUCACAACGGCGCCAGCUCUCUGCUGCUCUCGGCCGUCAUCGCAGGUGUGCCUGCGGCGUACUUGGUGACUCCUGCGGACGUCAUCAAGACUAGGCUUCAGGUGGCGGCUAGGAAAGGUCAGACGACCUACUCAGGCGUCCUAGACGCCUGUCGGAAGAUCUGGAAGGAGGAGGGCGGACAAGCCUUCUGGAAGGGUGGCCCAGCUCGAGUGUUCCGAUCUGCGCCUCAGUUCGGCUUCACACUGUUGACCUACGAGAUCUUGCAGAGGCUUUUCUUCAUCGACUUUGGCGGAAGGAGGCCGACGGGAUCUCAGGGAAAAGUGCCGGUGCAGGCCGGAGAGAUUAAGUCACACAAUCCCGAUCACAUUGGCGGAUAUCGCGUGGCCCUGGCAACCUUCAGCGGAAUGGAGACCAAGUUUGGGCUCAUCCUGCCCAGGUUCAACAGUGCGUCCAGUUAAGCACGAGUCGACUGGUUGGAACUUUGCGCCGGAAUGAAAUCGAGCAGGGACUAGCGGAUACACGUGUCGUCCAUAGGAGUGGUGCAGUGUACAGCGUUGCCGUCUAGGGAAAGUACACUCCGCGUUCACUCUUGUUUUUAGCCAUACUUUAGCCGGAGAGUUGUUACACAAUGGAGAGUUUGUCGGAAUGCCAAAGACGAGACUGGAGUUGCUAGGGUAGAGAUAUUGUGCAUAUCCCUAUCAAAGGUAAUCGGCUACAAGGUGGGGCUGCGACGGUGUUUUAUGUUGGUUUGGUUGCUGUAGACGCCUUUUGGUCUUUCUUUUGCCGGUCCAUCUUCCGAGCACAUCUAGGUAUCCUGUAGCAGUGGCCCUACCGGAAGGUGGCCAUUCAGAGUUCAGUUUGAUGUGCAGCAGCACUCGUUAAACGAAUGAAGCAACUGAAUCAUUGAACGUUACUGCCAGUUUGGACGUUUUAGUUCAUCCCUUUGUUCAUAUGGAGUGGUUUGAUCAACACUCUUUUUAGUUUAUGAUGGGCUAGGCUUGAAGUCGAGGAUUGUCUGCCACGCAUUUGUUAACCGGAGCCCACACAUGUAUCCUUUCUGCUGGUAUGCUUUUCUAACACAUUUUCAAUGUUUUUGUUUGCUCAGCUGUCUAAAGUGUGCAGGCUUUCAGUAUGUGCAAUGCCUAACUGAAGGUGUACAUUCUUGCCAAGAGAGCUUAGGUGUGAUGACAUGAUAGAAUUAUGUUAUCUGAGAGAGGCCACUUUAAGGGUUCUAUACAAUUAUUGGGGUCACAGUGGGCUUACAUUUUGGGAGUUUGUUGCCCUUUUCCCACUGUCUGACUUGGUGCUUUUAGCUUUGGCAGCUCUAGUCAAACUGUCUUUUAGCUUACUGCAUUGGCAUUGCAUGCAAGGGGCAACAUGUUCCCUACCUUUAAAUGAUCGUCGGAUUGUGUACAGCAUAUUUUAACUGAUUACUGUUCAAAUUUGGUGGUAGCAUUGCAGGUUCAUCUGUACAGAAGCAUUAAAGGUUCAAUAUUAAUCUUUCA